GUUUAUUCAAGCAUCUACUGGGAAUCACUCUUAAUCUCAUCAUUUAACAGCUAUUUUCCCCAAUUCCUAUUAAAUGAACAGCAUUCUUAAGUCACUGGAGGAACUGUGGAAGAUGUCAGAAGCAGAGAUGUUGCUGUCCACAACAGAGGAACAGUCAGGUUUGAUCAACAUACUGAAACAGAAAGCAGACGAGCUACUUGUCCGAUGUGACGCUGUGCGUGAACUCAAUACAGAGCUGGAAGCUAGAGUAGCUGGAUAUCAGAAAGACCUGGAACAGGAAAGAAAGAGAUCUGCAACAUUAGAGAAGAGAUUUGCGGUCCUUGCUGCCAACAACCAAGCGAUUACUGUUUUCAAGGACGAGUACAAAAAACAGAAUGCCCAGUUAAGGCAAGAGAACAGAAUCCUUCUGUCAGAAAACAAGACACUUUUCUCUCAAAAACUGGAAGACAAAGAUGCACUUAUUCAAAAACUUCAGCAAGAACUCAGACAUCUGUCAGAAAACUACACGUGUUUACAGUCACAACUUCAAGAAGAAGCAGCUCAGCAUCAGUGCAAGGAGGCAUCGCUACGUGAUCGGUUACAUCAAGCUCAGCAACAGCACAAAGAUGCCGUAGAGCUGUGCAAAGUUCUGAAACUGCAGCUACAAAAGUCUGAAGAAAAGCACGCUUUAUUGGAACAAACGAUGAACGAAAGCAUAGAAACUCUCAAGAAAGACAAAAACAGUCUGCUGCAUCUGACGACAGAGCACGAGAAAACAAUACAGGUGAAACAACAGGAAAUGCAGCAGCUGGAGACAAAAUGCAAAGAAGAGAAAACAGCCAGACUCAAAGCAGAGGACAGAUUUGAACGGGAAGCAGCAGCUGUUAAAAAAGAUGCCAAAGUGAAGUCUCUGCAGUGUGCUCUGGAUGUAUCCCAGACACAAUAUAAUAAGCUGAAAAUGGAUUUUGAAGCCUUCAAAGAACACAUGAAAGAUCUUCUUGCACAAGAAAGGUUGCUGAAUGCAACACUUCGUCACAUGAACUACUAACGUGAGGCGUUGAAGUAAUUCUUGAACACUCAUCUGCCAGUUUCUCACCAUUGGAUGACUUCUUCAGUGGGACUCACUAUGUAAGAAUCCUGCUGUGGGAGGCUAUCAUACUCACCUUGGAGGCUCAAAAUUGUAACAUUCAGACAUUUCCACUGACAGCGUGUGAUUAGCAGUUAAUUUCAAAACAUACAAAUGUUCCUGUCUAAGAACAGUUUGUCAUUUUUCUCUCUCUCCCAAAGAGUGACAAAGAAGAUUUCACAAACCCAUCAUUCAGUUUAACAUUCCUUUGUGUCAGAAAUUCUUCUUUAAUUACGUCUUGGCCUGCAGCUUUGGAGAACAAAGCCUCUUCAUCGCAAACACAGCAGGUAAAGAGUUUGGGCAAUCCUCAGGCAGUCUGUGCAGGACUGAUCCUGUCUCUCAGCAGUGUGGUAAAGCUUUAAAAACCUGCAGGGAAUGGACAAAUGAUUAUCCCUGAAGGUGUCAUAAAAAUUAUACCGUGUCACCAUAUAACACGUUACACUUUGGUACUCAUCGGUUAUGGCGUAAGAGAAAGGUGGUAUCGCUAAAAUGCAUCCUCAGUGUAAUACAUGUCUUUGUUUGCUUCAUCUUGU